CUUUUUAAUCGAGGAAUUCUUGAACCAGUAGCUAACGUGUGUUGUAUCAGAUUUUUUCAUUUCUUUGUCACUGUGUGUGUUGGAGUUGAUCUUAAUCAUUUUUAUAAAUCGAAAGUACUCGAUCUCGAAAAAUAUGGUUCUUCUCAGUUUCUUCAUGUUAAGACUGAAUAUCUGAGUCUGACUUCGAAAAGUCGUCGUGGAGCUUCUUCGUUCGGACCAUGACCGACGCGGGUCGGUUGAGUACGAUGAGCGACGCAGGGCAGUCAGGUAAAUUUGACUAAACACAUCUGGUUUAGUACUCCUACUGGCAUCAGUCAUCUGCAUCUCUCAAAACGUUGUAUGUUAUCCAUCAGUCAUCAGUCGUUGUAUGUUAUCCAUACAUGAACAUGACAGAAACAGACCUCGUACGCAUCAACGAAUCAGAAGUGGUAGAGAAUUAGUUAUCAAGACUUAUCUACACAGGUGAGCAGUUCGUACCUGCGCCGCGAAAUGCAUUUUUUAAUCCGGAUCGAGUACCACAAGGUGCAGCCAAGAAAACAUGGGUACUAACUUCCUCGUUUCUAGAUGAGUUUUCUUUUGGAUAGUACAUGUACAUUCAAUGCUUGGCGGAGUCCGUGUUCAAAAAUCUGUUUCACAUUUUGUUAGAAAUCUUCGAUCUGAAUUUCGCUUUCGAUAUUCCGGACAUAAUGUCGUUGGGUGGAGGUUCUUGUCAAUACGGUAAAACCAUAACCAGGCUGGGCGACUGCAGACGGGGAAAAUGUCGGCUCAGGGGGUGGCGGGUCGACCACCUACGGGGGCGAAAAGCAAGUCGACAUUACAGGUCCCGGAUGUGUUCGGAACAUCAAAGAGUAGAAGCCCUCGCCUCCUGCUGCAGGAAGUAGAUAGUGUAAAUGACAAAAAACAAUUUGGCGGUGAGACUACCAGCGAUAAUAAAGUGGCUCUACAACAACUUGCUGGACUUGACGCUGCUGCAACAUCUGCUGGAACGCCAAGACCUUGUAAAGAAAACGUUACUACUAGCACGGCGACGACUCCUGCAGCGCGUGCAAAGAAUACUACUAUUGUUGCAGGAGGAGCGCCGACUACAGGAGCUGCUCAAGUUGUACAGGCAACCUCUGGUGCGUCGACUACAUCCAUUGCUUCCGUACUAAGUCUUAGUGGAGCCCCUUCUAGUGGCAUCCCGGAAGUGACCGACCUAGACCUCGCGACGUCCCAGGAAAUCAUCUUGCCGACAUUAUUUUAAGACAGUAAUCAUCGUCUCCACACCAAGGAUUUUUAGGCAGUAAGAGAAAGAAAUUCAUCUCCGUAACCGUAUAUGUGAGCGUAAUUACUUCUGACUUUUUAGGCAGUAAGAGAAAGAAACUCUCCGUAACCGUAUAUCUAAGCGAUAGAACAAAUAGAGCAAAUAAUUGUCACUGCGCAAAGUUGUUGGGAGUCAGUCUCAUUCUUUAGACAACUCUAAAUCUUGACUACGACAGCGGACAGCCAGACGCGACGCACAGAAACUGGGGAAUCCUCUCGAUCAGAGGUGGACUUUGAUGCAGAGGAUACGCCGCCAGUCCUGCGGUCUGGACGGCGCGGUCGCUCUAGUACCUCAUCCAUGAAGCGGCGGCUAUUGCAACGGCAGUUAUGCGUCUACUUAGCUAGUUGUUCAAAUUGAUUUGGGAGAUUAUCAAGUAGGAUGAGGAGUAAGGUGAAAUUAUGGAAGAGUGUGAGUGUGAUGGCUGCUGGAAUUUUGAGUUUUCGCAGUUGCUUCAUCUAGCCACAAGGACCCAUUUAGUCGAAAACCUCCACAUCGAUCCACCUCCUUUUUUUUCAUUUUUCGCUGCGCCACCAGUGCAUAUCCACCCGAAUGGCGACGGCUAUGGUGGAACACGCACGAACACGCCUAGCAACUCAGAGUGCCCGUCGCCAUGGCAGAUACCUAGUUGGCAAUCCGACGAUGAAAGAGAUGACCGCUACAGUUGUCGGUCAGGGGAUUCUGGGUCUCAUCACGGCUCCCAAGCAUUCGGUCUGCGCAAUCCGCGAAGUCGACGAAUAUCAUUGGACUCAGAACUAAACAGUAUGGCCGGAGAUAAGAGAAAGAGGACGUUCCUAAUAUUGUUGGCAGUCUACUUCAUGACAUGUCGUCGAUUUCAACGAGACGUGCACAUCAUGACUGAUUCAUCUUCUAGAAGUGUGGUCUGGUACAGAUCAGUAAUCUGAAGCUAUCACCCUUCUUUUGUUCAUGUAGAGCACACGUGCUGGUCCAGGAGCAGUCGACGCAGAAAGCACGGGCGGAGCAGCUGGCGCUACUCCUCAGGUACUGCUUUCUUCUGUUCAUCACACCGAUUGCGAAGGGACGCCGUCAACCAGUGGGAUUAAGAAAACGGCGGCUAAAAAGCCUGCUCUGUGGAACGCAGACGGGGUGACGCCGGUUAUCAGGGGAAAAGAGGAAUUCGAUCAGCGCGUGCGAGACAAUGUUCGAACCAACGAAGAGCACCAGCAUCUACGCGAUAUGACGAUUUUUUCUGGUAAGUAGUUUGUAGUGCAAUGCUAGGUAUACCAUGCAGAAGUUGCUAGUAGACCCACUAUAGUGAUGAACGAGAGUUCUGAUUUAGAUGAUAUUUAUAGAGUUUGCUUCUGUUCCGACGAAAUAUUCGUCUAGUACGAUUGCAUACUCAUCUCGUGUUGGGGUCUUCGUACACGAUUCAAUCAGAUAACAAAAACAUGGUCUAACAGGUAAAGAGAUGACCGAUAUAAUGGAAUAUUUUUUGACGUCGGUGGGAGAUAAGAAGAAAGUGAAAGCUGCCGCCGCAUUGGGUGAAGGACAAAACACGCCAGCGGAGCAUGCCGCGGAGGGACUCGCCGCAGCUCAUCAACGCCAGAGUGCUGGUAACAAAUACACUUUCUGUUUGCAUAUCCUUUUUGGUCAGAGUAUUAUUUCCCCGAUUUGGUUCUCAUUCUUUGAACGACACCGACGGGUAGAUCUGCGUUUGUACUCCACCUUCUCUCAGCCGCUUCGUCUCAUCUUUCGGCACCGGUGCGACCACGAGCACGGCUUAGCAAUUGCACCGCGAAUAUGAGAGGGCGGUCGGACAGUACAGACAGUAAAGCAACGACUCGCUCAGCGCCGAACGUGUCUUCAAGCAAGAAAGUAGUUAGCUGCGCGCUCGUUGCUGCUGGGGAGUUUAGCUCGGUACCAAUUCGCUUUUUAUGCAACUUGAUGUUAGGGACAUUUUUCGUUCUACUUACAUCGUAAACUUGAUGUUAGAACACUGGAAACUUUCUCAAUAUAGGCAUCAUCUCCGGAUGGUCACAUUCGAGCAGGGGAAGGAUCAUCCGAAACCGGCACAGCAACAUCGUCGAGCAGUGCCAACAGCAACAUGCCGAGUCGUGGGUCUGCCAACAUGCAAAGGUCAGUGUCACGACCGAACUGGGCAUCGGGUAAGAGUCAGGCAAUUCGAGCCUCGCUUAAACUGACUGCAUCGGCGAAAGCGGCCUCCGCGACGGUCGGACCAACAGCCAACGAUGCAGAGGUAGAACACGCAGUGUUGACGGCAACGGCAGUGCAAAAGGAAGAGGCCCCGACCAGAGUAGAAGCCUCGUCAAAAGUAGAAGCAUCGUCAAAUGAGAAAGUAGAAGCUUCGACUACAACGGAGAUGGAGCCUUCGUCAAUGAGAAUUGAGGUACCGAGACCAGAGGCGGAACCAUCGACACAGGUAGAGCCUUCGGCGAAAAAGAUGGAAGCGUGUGCGAAGGUGGAGUCGCUGACAGCACAGGAGGCGCCGACAUCGAAGGAGCCUGUGUCCGCAUCCUCCAUUGCGAAGAGCUGUGGCAAAACUGGCAGUACGGAAACACCGACCCCGCCUGAGACGGUUAUCAAGCCUGCAACUCGGAAGGCAGGCACGGCGCACGAGAGGCAGCACUCGGAGCAGUGCGCAGGAAACGUAGGCGCGGCUCCGGUGGCGAAGGAGAUAGUAGUCGAGCGAAAGGACGGACGAAAGGAGACUGCCGUUAGUUCCAAACAGGCGCGUGCAGCGACUCCUAAAUCGGCGGGGCAAGAGGAUGGAACAGCAAUGAGCACCAGAAUCGAGUCGACAGACCCACGCCGAGGCACACGCGUAGUGCGACUUUCUGCGGGCGGCGUCGUCGCGCACUCUAGUAACCCGGGAAGCGAACAAGUAUCGACACGAAAGGGCGUCGUCGCGCACUCUAGUAACCCGGGAAGCGAACAAGUAUCGACACGAAAGGGCGUCGUCGCGCACUCUAGUAACCCGGGAAGCGAACAAGUAUCGACACGAAAGGGCGUCGUCGCGCACUCUAGUAGCCCGGGAAGCGAACAGGUAUCGACACGAAAGAAGCGCGAGGAUGGCACGCCUAAAUCGGCGGGCGGCAAGUAUCUCCUAGAUACUCUUAGCAAUGCUGGUUCUUUCAACCCUGCUCAGAAAGAUCUAGGCGACUACGAGUUCAAUUUGGUAGCUAGUAGAACAGAUCCAUGUCAGGCAUUUACCCUAAGCGAACAAGUAUCGACACGAAAG